AAAUUUAAUUUUUUUUAAAAAAGGUGGAAGGGUACCAAUAUUUUCAGCCACGUCUGUAUUUGUUAAACUACAUCUGCCUGAGUGUUCACAUUUCUUCCACCAGAUGGAGGUCGUGUGAUAUAGUUUGUUGAUAGGGAACAUCAUAACUGCGAUUCAUUUCCUGGUUUGGGCAGUCUUCUUAAAGACAGGGCUCAUAAAACAACUUUACUGCUGCGUUGUUGCUCGUUUUGACAACAAUGACCCACCCAACAGAUGAUAUUAUCAAUCCUAAGCCAGAGAGUGGCCGUGCCAUACACACUCAGGAGAGUGGUGAUGCUGGCCUCUCCUCCAACAUGAGGCACAAGUUCAGUGAUAAAAGUGCUUUGCCCAUAGAGAUUAAAGGCAGCUCUGUGAUACCGAUUCCGACAAGCGAACUACGGGAAAUCUUUGAGAGCCCUGAGAUGGUUGGAAAGAUUAGGCAACACCCAUCAGUGUUUGGGCCUGUAGGUGUCCUGUCCAUGAUGCGCCACACAGAGCCUGAGGCAUACCCUGCAGCUGCUGAAGGGGACUUCUUAAAACUGUCCACUCUGGUUCAAAAAAGCAACUUUCCACCACAAGCCACACCCCAAGCCCUGACUGUCAGCACUUUACCCGGAACAACAGCCAUUACAGAUGCUGAGGAGGUGGUGGGAGGAGAGCAGAGCUGCACCAGCAAGAUGGACACCGAGGGAAACCAAGCAAAACCAAAAGGCUCACCAUUGGUUCCUAGAGAAGGGAGAAAUAAGAACCGUCGCAGAAAAAGAGCAGCCACGAAGAAAUGGAAAUGGUGCCUUCUAGGUUGGAUGACAUUCAUAAAUAUUCGUGCCUGUGGGGGCAAUGCUGGUGCUCAACCUGCAGCAGACCAGAAGUCAGUCAAGUGUUUUUCCUGCAUGGACAAGGAUACAUGUCCAAAGUUGGUGAACAUAUAUGAAACUGCUGACACUCAUCUGUACCAAAGACGCCUAAACCAGCCAUUUCCAGGAUGCUCUGGAAUCCCUGCACCUUCUUCUAAGAGUUGUGCUGUGUGCUAUGUGGAAUCCAGCAUCGCCAUCAUCUGCUCAGGGGAUGUUGGAAGACUGGAGGUGGAAGAUAGUGAUGGAGGGCAUAUCGUAAACACCCAUGCAGUCUCUUGUUCCAUCAUGGAAAACAGCCCCAUUGAAAGCAGACUGAAACUGCUCAACAGUGACGAACACUGCAUGAUCAAGAAGAGGACAGCACUCUACUGAUGUAUUCAGUCAUAGUCUAUGUAUUUUAAUAUGCAUAUUUUAAUUAAUACUAUCUUUGAAUACUUUUAUCACACUCUGUAACUUCAUUUCUUCUUUCCUCAUAUUUCUUUUUUUUACUUUACAAUUUGUGUCUGAAAAUAGCAUUAGAUGUCAUACAUAAAAUAGCUGUAGAGGGUAUUUGACUUUUAGUUCUGACAUUUGGAAUUAGCAAGCUUUCUGUAAACAUGGAUAUGUCUACCUAUUGUCCUGAAUAAAAAACUUUUAUACAGCA